UCUAUGCCUGCGGCGAAAAUGGGAUUCAAUCGGGUGUUAGACGACUUAGCACGUCGCCAACUUCAUCUAGACUUUGAAUUCGGUACCGCUUCCGAGAAGUACGAACCGGUACGUAGUAUUGGAGCUGGAGCAUUUGGAAUUGUUUGUGAAGCAGAGGAAACAACAAGCGAAGGCACUGUCACAAAGGUGGCCAUUAAAAAAAUCGGUCAUGCCUCCGCUACCCCUACACUGGCACGUCGUACAUUACGAGAGAUACGCGUUUUACGUCACGUUCAACACGAUAAUAUCGUGUCAAUAAGGGAUAUAUUUCGCACACGAGGACCGCUAGGAAUCAAUGUCUAUCUAGUGAUGGAUCUCAUGGAAUUCAGUCUUCAUCAAGUUAUUCAUGGAUGCUCGAACGAAUUGGACGAUUAUCUGAUUAGAAGAUUUCUUUAUCAGCUGUUGAUGGGUCUUCGAUAUCUACAUACAGCUGGCAUCGCACAUCGCGAUCUGAAACCUUCAAACCUGUUGGUGAACAGCGAUUGUACACUGCGCAUUGCUGAUUUCGGCAUGGCAAAGCUGGCGAUGAAGGAUCACAUCGACGAAGUCGACGAGCACUGUUUCUACAUGACACAGCAUGUUGCCACACUUCCAUACAGAGCUCCAGAAUUGCUCUACGUCAUGCCAGAACAUUCGACGGCUGUUGAUAUGUGGGCUGUUGGUUGUAUAUUUGCCGAAAUGAUCCUAAGGAGGGAGUUGUUCCCAGGCCGUAGUGUCAGCGGUCAAAUAAAAAUCAUUCUCACAAUGCUUGGAGCUCCGUCGCAAAAGAUUCUGGACGAGAUUCGUUGUGAACGCACGCGACGACUCAUCGAGAACUUCGGAGACCACGCCCAAAGACCAUGGGCUGAAAUAAUGUACUGCAGGGAGAGAGAGGUGACUAAUUAG